GAGCGGGUGCACUGCCGUCUGAAGCCGGGUAGUUCACUCGAGGAGCGGAGGCCCUCCUCAAGACCCACGGGACCAGCGACGAGGAGGACAGGCGCCGCAAUGGCGACCGCCAGCGCGGGACUCCGGCCCGCGCUCCGGCUCGGACUAUUGCUGCUGCUCUUCUGCUGCCACGCGCACGCCGAAGAGCAAGCUGGUGAUGCCCUGGUCCGCGAGACCCGAGCUGCAGGCCCAUUCCGCGGACUGUACGAGUUCCUUCAGCAACGCGACUCCACCGUCUUCUGCAAGUACCUGCGCAGAGCACAAGUCGAGGAUGUCCUCGCGUCGUUACCGUCGCUCACCAUCAUUGCACCCAAUGACCUGGCGUUCGCGGCGCUGCCACCCAGCGUCAUCAAGAUGCUGGAGACGGACAGCCGGUUCCUUAGGAAGUUCGUGCUUCAUCACAUAGUGGGUGACUCGGUCCCGAGCCGCAGUCUACGCGGCGACCUCGAGAUCACCACUGCGGGCGGCGACAACAUCCUCGUGAAGGUCUACGACAAUGGAAGGACGAUUUCCAUUGGAGGCGCCAACAUCCUGGUGGGCGACGCCUCGUACGAGAACGUCAUUGUCCACAUCGUUGACCGCGUGCUGUAUCCCAUUGCCGAGAGCAUGCUCGCGCAGACCAUUCAGGCCAAGUUUGGAUACUUCUACCGCCUGCUCCAGAACAGUGGCUUCACCAGCGUCUUGAACAGUGACCUGUACACUGUCUUCAUUCCAACUCAAGACGCUAUCAACAACCUACCAGCGGAAACUUCACAGAAGAUCCUAUCAAACAAUGAGCUUCUGAAGCGCGUUGUUUCCCAUCAUAUCGUUCCCGGCCUUCAGUUCAGCGCUGUUCUUAAGGACGGCGCUACACUUACACCACUUGACGGCGAAGUUCUCCGUGUCACUACUCAAGCUGGACAACUGUUCAUCGACGGCGUUCCGUUUGUCAGCAAGGAUGACGGUGCCACCAAUGGUGUCAUUCACAUUGUUAACCGGCUGCUGGUGCCACAGAGCGUAAUCGAGGACUGUGGUUGCAUCGCAUCGCAUGGCGGUGGAGAUGCCCUUCUCACUGGCGGAAAGAUCGGCUUCCAGAGACCUACCAUCGUCGGCCAGCAGCUUCCGGGUCUCGUCCAGCACGUCGUGGUACCCGGCACAGUGACGCAGACUACGCACAUCGUGUCCCCACCCAAGACGGUUGUCCUAGGACCUGGGACUCUUCAAGCACUCCUGCCUGGUCAAGCACCACAGAUAACAUUCCAAGUUGGAAUCCCAGGAGCUCCAAAAAAGCCUGGUGUUCCAUCAUUGCAAGCAGGCCCUAAAGGACCUGGUGUGCCUAGUGGACUAUUCGGACCAAGUGGGCCUAGGGGACCUAGUGGGCCAUUCGGACCCAGUGGCCCAGGAGGACCUAAAGCACCCGGUGGGCCUAUUGGACCAUCCGGACCAAGUGGGCCUAGUGGACCAAGUGGGCCAUUCGGACCCAGUGGCCCAGGAGGACCUAAAGCACCCGGUGGGCCUAUUGGACCAUCCGGACCAAGUGGGCCUAGUGGACCAAGUGGGCCAUUCGGACCCAGUGGCCCAGGAGGACCUAAAGGACCUGGUGGACCUAGUGGACCAUUCGGACCAAGUGGGCCUAGAGGACCAAGUGGCCCAUUCGGACCCAGUGGCCCCGGAGGACCUAAAGGACCUGGUGGACCUAGUGGACCAUUCGGACCAAGUGGGCCUAGGGGACCAAGUGGGCCAUUCGGACCCAGUGGCCCAGGAGGACCUAAAGGACCUGGUGGACCUAGUGGACCAUUCGGACCAAGUGGGCCUAGUGGACCAAGUGGGCCAUUCGGGCCCAGUGGACCAGGAGGACCUAAAGGACCUGGUGGACCUAGUGGACCAUUCGGACCAAGUGGACCUAGGGGACCAAGUGGCCCAUUCGGACCCAGUGGCCCAGGAGGACCUAAAGGACCUGGUGGGCCUAGUGGACCAUCAGGACCAAGUGGACCUAGUGGACCAAGUGGGCCAUUCGGGCCCAGUGGCCCAGGAGGACCUAAAGGACCUGGUGGACCUAGUGGACCAUUCGGACCAAGUGGACCUAGGGGACCAAGUGGCCCAUUCGGACCCAGUGGCCCAGGAGGACCUAAAGGACCUGGUGGGCCUAGUGGACCAUUCGGACCAAGUGGGCCUAGGGGACCAAGUGGGCCAUUCGGACCCAGUGGCCCAGGAGGACCUAAAGGACCUGGUGGACCUAGUGGACCAUCCGGACCAAGUGGGCCUAGUGGACCAAGUGGGCCAUUCGGGCCCAGUGGCCCAGGAGGACCUAAAGGACCUGGUGGACCUAGCGGACCAUUUGGACCAAGUGGACCUAGAGGACCAAGUGGCCCAUUCGGACCCAGUGGCCCAGGAGGACCUAAAGGACCUGGUGGGCCUAGUGGACCAUUCGGACCAAGCGGGCCUAGGGGACCAAGUGGGCCAUUCGGACCCAGUAGCCCAGGAGGACCUAAAGGACCUGGUGGGCCUAGUGGACCAUUCGGACCAAGCGGGCCUAGGGGACCAAGUGGGCCACUCGGACCCAGUAGCCCAGGAGGACCUAAAGGACCUGGUGGAUCAUUCGGACCAAGCGGGCCUAGAGGACCAAGUGGGCCAUUCGGACCCAGUGGCCCAGGAGGACCUAAAGGACCUGGUGGACCUAGCAGACCAUUCGGACAAAGUGGGCCUAGUGGACCAAGUGGGCCAUUCGGGCCCAGUGGCCCAGGAGGACCUAAAGGACCUGGUGGGCCUAGUGGACCAUUCGGACCAAGCGGGCCUAGGGGACCAAGUGGGCCAUUCGGACCCAGUGGACCAGGAGGACCUAAAGGACCUGGUGGACCUAGUGGACCUUUCGGACCAAGUGCGCCAGGGGGACCUAGGGGACCAAGUGGGCCAUUCGGACCCAGCAGCCCUGGAGGAUCUAAAGGACCUGGUGGACCAUUCGGACCAAGUGGGCCAUUCGGACCGAGUGGCCUAGGAGGACCUAAAGGACCUGGUGCACCUAUUGCACUAUUCAAACCAAGCAGCCCAGGGGGUCCUAGCAGACCGAGUGGAUCAUAUGGACCAGGGGGACCUAGUGGACCAAGCGGACCAUUUGGACCUAGUGGACCAAGGGGACCAAGUGGGCCAUCCGGACCCAGUGUCCCAGGAGGACCUAAGGGACCUGGUGCUCCUAGUGGACCAUUCGGACCAAGUGGCCCAGGGGGACCUAGGGGACCAAGCGGACCUAGUGGACCAAGGGGACCUAGUGGACCAUUCGGACCCAGUGGCCCGGGAGGACCUAAAGGACCUGGUGGUCCUAGUGGACCAUUUGGAGCAAGUGGCCCAGGGGGACCUAGUGGACCAAGCGGACCAUUUGGACCAAGGGGACCAAGUGGGCCAUUCGGACCCAGUGCCCCAGGAGGACCUAAAGGACCUGGUGCUCCUAGUGGACCAUUCGGACCAAGUGGCCCAGGGGGACCUAGUGGACCAACCGGACCUAGUGGACCAAGGGGACCUAGUGGGCCAUUCGGACCCAGCGGUCCAGGAGGACCUAAAGGACCUGGUGGUCCUAGUGGACCGUUCGGAGCAAGUGGCCCAGGGGGACCUAGUGGACCGAGCGGACCAUUUGGACCAAGGGGACCAAGUGGGCCUUUCGGACCCAGUGGCCCAGGAGGACCUAAAGGACCUGGUGCUCCUAGUGGACCAUUCGGACCAAGUGGCCCAGGGGGACCUAGAGGGCCCAGUGGACCAAGUGGGCCAUUCGGACCCAGUGGCCCAGGAGGACCUAAAGGACCCGGUGGACCCAUCGGACCCAGCGGGCCAGGGGGACCUAGCGGACCAAGUGGGCCCUUCGGACCCAGUAGCCCAGGAGGACCUAAAGGACCUGGUGGACCAUUCGGACCACGUGGGCCAGGGGGACCUACUGGACCAACAGGACCAAGUGGACCAUUUGGGCCCAGUGGCCCUAAAGGACCAAGUGGACCAUCCGGGCCUGGUGGACCGAAAGGCCCUACAGCUACAUUCACCUUUGGAUCCAGAUUACCUACAGGACCAGCUGGACCUAAGAAACCAAGUGCACCAGGAGGUCUUGGUGGACCAAGUGGGCCAUCUGGCUUUGGUGGUCCAAAGGGGCCAAGUAAAUUAGGGGGACCAGCUAUACCAAAUGAUUUUCUUUUUGGUGGUCCAACUAUACCAGGCCUUCCCAAGGUACCGGGCCUCCCGUUACCGAGUGGGCCAAAGGGGCCCUCUGGCCUAUUAGGAUCAACAGGUACUAGCGGGCCAAAGGCUCCAAGUGGAUCUAGGCCCUCCACAAGGAGACCACCCAGCUAUCUGCCACCUCCAGGGGCUGUCCCAUCUGCACCUAGCAUUCUGAAUGUGCCUCGAGGUCCAACACUUCCUGGCACUACAGGUGUUACCGGUGCACCAAGGUUGCCUUUUGGGACAGGUGCUCCCAGUACUCCACGUCUUCCAGGUGCAUCUAAGGGUCCGACAUUUGGCUUCUCACGUGGCCCCGCUGGUGUUGGAAAGCUGACUGUUAUAAGUGGACUACCUCUUCCAAAGGCACCAGGAGGGACAUCUUUGACAAUCUUCCCUGGAGUACCAGCAGUCACCACUUUUACGAGUGGAGUGACAGGAUUCAUGCUCGGUGGGCCAGUUGGACCGACCACACCCGGAGGAUUUUCAUUUGCAUUCCCUGGACUGCCAAAAGGACCGAAAGGACCAAGUGGGCCAGGCGGCCCAAGCGGACCAAGUGGGCCAAGAGGACCAAGUGGACCCGGCGGACCAAGUGGGCCAGGUGGACCAAGGGGACCCAGUGGUCCAUUCCCAAGUGGGCCAUCUGGACCAGGAGGACCAAGGGGACCUGGAGGACCAUUUGGGCCUGGUGGACCAAGUGGUCCAAGAGGGCCAUCUGGACCAAGUGAGCCAUCUGGACCAAGAGGGCCUGAAGGACCUAGUGGCCCAAGAGGACCAGCUGGUCCAUUUGGGCCUAGUGGAGCAAGAGGACCAAGUAGUCCAUACCCUGCUGGACCGGCAGGACCAAGUGGGCCAUUCCCAAGUGGGCCAUCUGGACCAGGAGGGCCUAAAGGACCUAGUGGGCCAAGAGGACCAGCUGGGCCAUUUGGGCCUAGUGGACCAAGAGGACCAACUGGCCCAUUUGGACCUAGUGGACCUGCAGGACCAAGUGGCCGAUUCCCCAGUGGGCCGGCUGGACUAACAGGACCUAAAGGACCUGGUCGACCAUCUGGGCCUAGUGUGCCAGGAGGACCAUCUGGUCCAUCCGGACCUCGAGGACCAAGUGGUUCAUACCCUUCUGGACCUGCAGGACCAAGUGGACCAUUCCCGAGUGGUCCAUCUGGACCAGGGGGACCUAAAGGACCUAGUGGGCCAGGAGGACCAGCUGGGCCAUUUGGGCCUAGUGGACCAAGAGGACCAACUGGCCCAUUCGGACCCAGUGGACCAGGAGUACCAAGUGGUUCAUACCCUGCUGGACCUGCAGGACCAAGUGGGCCAUUCCCAAGUGGGCCAUCUGGACCAGGAGGGCCUAAAGGACCUAGUGGGCCAAGAGGACCAGCUGGGCCAUUUGGGCCUAGUGGACCAAGAGGACCAACUGGCCCAUUUGGACCUAGUGGACCUGCAGGACCAAGUGGCCGAUUCCCCAGUGGGCCGGCUGGACUAACAGGACCUAAAGGACCUGGUGGACCAUCUGGGCCUAGUCUGCCAGGAGGACCCGCUGGCCCAUCCGGACCUCGUGGACCAAGUGGUCCAUACCCUACUGGACCUGCAGGACCAAGUGGACCAUUCCCGAGUGGUCCAUCUGGACCAGGUGGGCCUAGAGGACCUAGUGGCCCAAGAGGACCAGCUGGCCCAUUAGGGCCCAGUGGAGCAAGAGGACCAAGUGGUUCAUACCCUGCUGGACCUGCAGGACCAAGUGGGCCUUUCCCGAGUGGGCCAUCUGGACCAGGGGGACCUAAAGGACCUAGUGGGCCAAGAGGACCAGCUGGGCCAUUUGGGCCUAGUGGACCAAGAGGACCAACUGGGCCAUUUGGACCGAGUGGACCAAAAGGACCAAGUGCUUCAUAUCCUACUGGACCUGCAGGACCAAGUGGCCGAUUCCCCAGCGGACCAGUUGGACUAGGAGGACCUAAAGGUCCUGGUGGACCAUCUGGGCCAUCCGGACCAAGAGGACCAAGCGGUCCAUACCCUACUGGACCUGCAGGACCAAGUGGACCAUUCCCGAGUGGUCCAUCUGGACCAGGUGGGCCUAGAGGACCUAGUGGCCCAAGAGGACCAGCUGGCCCAUUAGGGCCCAGUGGAGCAAGAGGACCAAGUGGUUCAUACCCUGCUGGACUUGCAGGACCAAGUGGGCCUUUCCCGAGUGGGCCAUCUGGACCAGGGGGACCUAAAGGACCUAGUGGGCCAAGAGGACCAGCUGGGCCAUUUGGGCCUAGUGGACCAAGAGGACCAACUGGGCCAUUUGGACCGAGUGGACCAAAAGGACCAAGUGCUUCAUAUCCUACUGGACCUGCAGGACCAAGUGGCCGAUUCCCCAGCGGACCAGUUGGACUAGGAGGACCUAAAGGUCCUGGUGGACCAUCUGGGCCAUCCGGACCAAGAGGACCAAGCGGCCCAUACCCUACUGGACCUGCAGGACCAAGUGGACCAUUCCCGAGUGGUUUAUCUGGACCAAGAGGACCUAGUGGUCCAAGUGGACCAGCUGGGCCAUCUGGACCAAGUGGGCCAAGAGGGCCAAGUAGCCCAUUCAUAAGCGGGCCAUCUACACUGGGAGGGCCUAGAGGACCUGGACGGCCAUUCGGACCUAGUACGCCAAGGGGACCAACAGGGCCAUCUGGACCAAGUGGUCCAUACCCUACUGGAUCUGCAGGACCAAGUGGACCAUUCCCAAGUGGGCCAUCUGGACCAGGAGGACCUAGUGGACCCAGAGAGCCAUUUGGGCCUAGCGGAUCAAGAGGACCAGCUGGACCAAGUGGGCUAUCUGGACUAGGGGGACCUGGAGGACCAAGAGGACCAUCUGGGCCAAGCGGGCCGAGAGGCCCAGGUGGUCCAUACCCUACUGGAUCUGCAGGACCAAGUGGGCCAUUCCCGAGUGGACCAACUGGACCAGGAGGACCUAGUGGACCAACAGGACCAGCUGGCUUAUCUGGACAAGGUGGACCGAGAGGACCAGGAGGGCCAUUCGGUCCUAGUGGGCCAAGAGGACCACCUGGGCCAUCUGGACCAAGUGGGCCACGAGGACCAGCUGGACCAUACCCUACUGGACCUGCAGGACCAAGUGGGCCAUUCCCAAGUGGACCAUCUGGACCAAGUGGCCCAAGAGGACCAGGCGGGCUAUCUGGUCCAAGUGGACCAAGAAGACCAGCUGGACCAAGUGGGCCAUCAGGACUAGGAGGGCCUAGAGGACCCGGAGGCCCAUUCGGUCCUAGCGGGCCGAAAGGACCAUCUGGACCAUCCGGACCAAGUGGGCCAAGAGGACCAGGCGGUCCAUAUCCCACUGGACCUGCAGGACCAAGUGGACCAUUCCCCAGUGGGCCAUUUGGACCAGGAGGCCCUAGUGGUCCUGGAGGGCUGUUCGGACCUAGUGGCACAAGUGGACCAAGAGGACCAGAUGGGCUAUUUGGCCCAAGUGGACCAGGAGGACCAGCUGGACCAUCUGGACCACGUGGUCCAUCUGGACAAGCUGGACCUAGAGGACCUGGAGGGCCAUUCGGUCCUAGUGGGCCAUCCGGACCAGGUGGUCCAUACCCUACUGGAGCUGCGGGACCCAGUGGCCCAUUCCCAAGUGGACCAUCUGGACCUAGUGGUCCAAGAGGACCAGGUGGGCUAUCUGGUCCAACUGGACCAAGAGGGCCAGCUGGACCAUUUGGACCAAGUGGGCCAUCGGGACCAGGAGGACCUAGAGGACCUGGAGGACCAUUCGGUCCUAGUGGGCCAAAAGCACCAUCUGGACCAUCCGGACCCAGCGGGCCAAGAGGACCAGGUGGUCCAUACCCUACUGGAGCUGCAGGACCAAGUGGGCCAUUCCCAAGUGGGCCAUCUGGACCUAGUGGUGCAAGAGGACCAGGUGGGCUAUCUGGUCCAAGUGGACCAAGAGGACCAGCUGGACCAAGCGGGCCAUCGGGACUAGGAGGACCUAGAGUACCUGGAGGGCCAUUCGGUCCUAGUGGGCUAAAAGGACCAUCUGGACCAUCCGGACCCAGUGGGCCAAGAGGACCAGGAGGUCCAUACCCCACUGGACCUGCAGGACCAACUGGCCCAUUCCCGAGUGGACCAUCUGGACCAGGAGGCCCUAGUGGUCCUGGAGGGCUAUUCGGACCUAGUGGACCAAGUGGCCCAGGUGGGCUAUCUGGUCCAAGUGGACCACGAGGACCAGCUGGACCAUUUGGACCACGUGGGCCAUCUGGACAAGCUGGACCUAAAGGACCUGGAGGGCCAUUCGGUCCUAGUGGGCCAAAAGCACCGUCUGGACCAUCCGGACCAAGCGGGCCAAGAGGACCAGGUGGUCCAUACCCUACUGGAGCUGCAGGACCAAGUGGACCAUUCCCAAGUGGGCCAUCUGGACCUAGUGGUCCAAGAGGACCAGGUGGGAUAUCUGGCCCAAGUGGACCAAGAGGACCAGCUGGACCAGGUGGACCUUUGGGACUAGGAGGACCUAGAGGACCUGGAGGGCCAUUCGGUCCUAGUAGUCCACUUGGACCUAGUGGACCAAGGGGACCAGGAGGUCUUAGUGGACCAUUCGGACCAAGUCGACCAAGGGGCCCUGGUGCGCUAAGUGGGCCACGAGGACCUGGGGGUGAAAAGAAACCAUCUGCUCCUGUAUUGCCACUGACACCGAGCGGCGUUCUACCUGGAACCUCUGGUGUUACAAGCAUCCAGUUUGGUGGAAGGUUGGUUGGUGUCCCUAAGGUUACUAUCGGCCAGCCUCAGACAUCUGUUUUGCUUCAACCUGGAGGCCAGGUCACAUAUGGAAAGACUGAACUUCAUAUUCAACCUCCUACCACAUACGUUAUUCCUGGUCAAGUUCUUACGCACACAAUCGGAACAACAAUCAAGACAGGAGCCAUUCCGUCCACUGUGUACAGGAUUUCUGGUACUGGGCUUCAACUUGAAGGCAAGCCAUUGGACUUCACACUUGUGCUGAAGGAGCUUAAGGCUACACGAUACCUGUCUUGGCUGCAGAAAACUGGUGUUCUACAGCUGAUCAAUGAUGGAGCUGCCUACACGAUCUUCGUGCCAAGUGAUGAUGCCAUCGCUCAGAUUCGAGGACAGCUACUCUCGAAGCUGGAAGGAGACACUCAGCUUCUUAAGCAACUUGUCCUGUAUCACAUUGUUCCUGGCCAGGUGACCAUCGACAACGAUAGGACCUACACCACGCUUGAUGAAGGAAACUUGCUGCGAUUUAACAAGUACUUCAAUGGAAGGGUUGUAACCGCUUCUGGUGGCGUCAUUGGGCCGAAAAAGCAGCAAGGCAACUUUGUGUUCUACACCGUAGACCGUGUUCUUCACCGGCCAGGAGGCAGCAUUUUGGACGUUAUUCACCAGUCCAUUCUGCUCCCGAAGCUGGACGAGGCCAUUAAGUUUGCCGGACUCGAGGAGUACCUUUCUGGCGUCGGACCAUACACAAUUUUUGCGCCCAGUGACCAGGCCUUUAAGAACGCCGUCGGCACGGAAAACGUGCUGCGCGACAGGGAAGCGCUUAAAGCCCUGCUACUCCGACACAUUGUGCUGGGAAGCGUGUACAGUGCCGGGGUCCAGGAAAACCAGGUCCUCAAGACGGUCGGAGGCCUCGAGCUCAGGAUGAGCAUCAUCCCAGAGUGUAUCACAGUGAACGGGGUCAAGGUCAACAAUCCGGACAACGUCGCGUCGAAUGGUGUCAUCCACGUGAUUGACCAUUUCCUCUAGGCACAUCCCUUCACCUUAGGGCGAAACAUGUUUCUGUGUAAAGCUUUCUCUCUCAACUCUGUUGUUAAAAUGUUAAAUAAAUUGUGUGUCGUCGCAUGUGUCA